AUGGGAGCCAGUGCUCUUUUUGGUUUGACAUGCUCGUUGGGUCCGCUUUUUGAUCACAUGGGUCAGGAUGGUCCCCGCAGGAUGGGUAUUCCUCUGCAGAGCAAGGUUAUUGAUGCCUGUCACAGUGGAAGCUGGAAGCUCCCGGGGCCUAGAUCGAGACUUCCAUCUCUUGUUUCUGUGCGUCAAACGCUGAUGGUUACCCCUACUCCGAGUAUCUUAGGUGGGCCGGAUGUUUACCUUUGGGAGACACCGAAUGGAUGGAGAAGCUCCUUCUCAUCUUCGAAGACUUGGGAAGCUAUCAGACCUUCGGGUGAUGCUGUUGGAUGGGAAAAGCUUGUUUGGUUUAAGGGACAUGCCCCCAAACAUGCCUUCACCUUCUGGACUGCUCAGAGGAAUCGAUUGCCUAAAGCCAGGCUUGUAAGAUGGGGUGUGAGCCCAAAUGAUCUUUGCUGCACUUGUGCUCAGGCUGCAGAAACUCGUGACCAUCUUUUGUUGAAUUGUGAUUUCAGUUCUCAAGUUUGGAGGAGAGUUAUGCAAAAAUUGGGCCAACCCUUUUUCUCUUUCGUGGAUUGGUCCCAUUUCAUCUCUUGGCUGUCUCGCCGAGCUGCUUCGGCUCCUAAGCUCCUUCGUCGCCUUGUUUCACAGGUCGCCGUGUAUUCUAUCUGGCAUGAGCGUAACGUCAGACUUCACGCUGGUAUUGCUUCUACCCCUGUCUCACUGAUGAAGCUCAUUGAUCGACAGGUCAGGGAUAUCUUGCUCGCUCGCAACAGGAAAAAACCGACUUCUUUGUUAUCUCUUUGGUUUACUUAUAAUUAG